GAGAGCGUUCUUUGAGAGUUGCGCUACGUGGUCGCUAGUCACACUUCGAAAGUCUAUGUUCCUGUUUUUGUGGCAUUUGGCGUUCUUUAUUUCCAUCAAAAGGGGUACUUAUGCUGUCAGUCGCAAUCGCAUAUAAACUUCAUGUGAGGACUUGGAAUGAUUGACAGAAAAUGUGUUAACUUUUGCUAUAAAUAUCUCGAUAAAGUUGUGCGUCUUUGCCAACAACCAAAGUUGAGCUUGAAAGCCAGUCCACCUUAUAUUUUGGAUACGAUUCCGGAUAUCUAUGAAAAGCUACAAAAAAUAAUUGCAAAUUAUGAAGAAAAUUAUGAUGCACUCUCUGAAAUAGAAUACUUUCAAAUAUAUAUUUCGACCUUGAUUGAGAAAUCCAAGCAAACUAUUAGUCUUUUCAAAAAUUCCAAAGAGAAAAUUUUUGAUAUCAACUCAGAUGCACGGUUUCGUCUGAUCAAGUUGUCACUAGUAUAUUCACAUCUUCUAAACGAUUUGGAAGCCCUCUUCCCACAUGAUACUUUCGACUCUAAGGGUUUCCGUAUAACAAAACCUGAUGCAGCUCGAUGGUGGUUGAGCAAUUUUGGGAAUAGUGUAGUUGUGUCUUGGCAAUUAUUCAAAGAUUCGUUAAUUCAAACAUUCAGGAUAGACUCUGAUACUCAACUGCUGGCUCUUCAAACGACUAUAGACAUAACUUGCAAUGACUAUGUAUCCAUUUUUGAGUUCGAUGUAUUUACUAGAUUGUUUCAACCGUGGAACAAUAUACUGGAAACCUGGAAAGCACUAGCCAUCCUCCAUCCCGGUUACAUGGCGUUCAUGACGUAUGAUCAAGUUAAAGGUGUUCUUAAACGCUACUGCUUUUACCCUGGUCCAGGAACAUACAUUUUCCGAUUAUCAUGUACUAAACUGGGUCAGUGGGCUAUCGGAUAUAUUACACAAGAACUAAAAAUCGUACAAACCAUAAUACAAAAUAAAUCCUUAGCACAAGCGUUGGUUGAUGGAGAAAGAGAGGGAUUCUAUUUAUAUCCGAACGGAAAACCCAGUCCUACCACAUUGUUGUACUAUUUAACAAAUAAUCUUCUCCAAGUCCACUUACAAGUAACAAAGGAACAGUAUCAGCUUUACUGUGAAAUGGGUUCAACCUUCGAAUUAUGUAAGAUUUGUGAUGAAAAUAAUAAAGAUACGCGGCUCGAACCCUGUGGUCAUUUGAUUUGCAAGAAUUGCUUACUUAAUUGUCAAUCCACAAGCAAUGGCUUAACAUGUCCGUUUUGCCGCCUGGUAAUAAAAGGAACUGAAGAUAUUAUCGUUGAUCCAUACAAACCAUCAAGCGACUCUGGUAAACUAAGUUUUCAUCCCGGUGAGUCUGUCGUAAUUUGUGAUCAAACAGCAUCCCCUCAUGCGAUAGCUGACAAGCCUUCAGGAUUGGUUUCGUGUUCUGUCAGCGCCUUGUGCGACAGAAAAAGUCUCACGCCAGACCCUCUAUCUGCGGGGCCACCACCUAUACCGCCAAGGAACUUUUAUCUGACAUCUACCAUAGAUAAUACCGUAAAUUACAACAACGAACUUCAAGCUAGUUGUCACACUUCGACAAACUACGGACUUGAGAUUUAUACACAUCCUGAUUCUCAUGAAAACAUCCAAUUCUCAAAUCCCGAAUCAUCUGUUACAAAGGAUACGCUCUUACGUUCGCUUAGUGAGUGUAAUGAAGAUAGAUGCUUAUGCUCUCAAGGGAGCAACUUUCUGUUGCCACCACAAGUUAUGCCCCAGAUAGAUACUGGGAGUUUCGAUCAUACAAUGGAUUUAAAUUACGCUCAGUUAGAUUUAAACAAGUCAGAUUCUGAUGAAGAAUUGGAGGUUAGUUUAGCCUUUGAUGAAAAAGACGACAUACGAGAUAUCAAGCCAUCUGCACAACAGAACAUAAGUGCAAACCCAGAUCUCAUUUGUGAAUCGCUAUCGAAUGAUAAGAACCACACGGACUGUUCUUCAGAUAAUUUGUAUAACAAGAAUACGAUCCCCUCCGGUAUGUCACAUUGUGAUCUCACAAAAUGCCAAACAAGAUCUGUGAAUGAAAAUGUGAGAGAAUUAAUUAGUUUGCACCCUGAAAUGACUGAAGCAACAGCCACGCUACUACUCACUUUAACGGAAAACCGUCUACAUAUUUCACAUGAAAUAUGGAAGCACUUUAUGCCUCGUGUUUAGAGAGACGUGUAAGCACUUAUUUUCAAUAAUAUAAUUAAUGCUACUUUGCUCAGAGAUAAUUUAUUAGGCUUAGUGUUAAAAUUAUUUUAUACUUUCUUAUUUUUGAUUUUACUUAUGUUGGUAAUAAUUAUUGUCCUGCAGAGUUCUACUAAAUUUCAGGUAGGGUCACCAAUUUUUCGUGCUUUCAAGUUAGUACUGAUAACAAUGACUACCUAAGCUUUUUCUAGAUCGUGUAAAUUUUUCUAAAAUCUCAUUUUAACAACGAACGAAUGUAUGAUAUUCUACUGAUAGUGUGAAAUAUACUCGGCUUGACUUUCAAAUUUGUCUUUUUAUCCCAAAAAACAUAGUGCGAAUAAAAUCUUUUCAUGUGAUUAAAUCUGAUUAGAUAUGAGAGCGUCAGCGAAAAUUAUCCAGAUUUUCAAAUUAUUUUAAGGGUCUACACUGAUUAGAAAAGUAAAUAAGUACUAACAGCUAGCUGGAGGCGUACGUCCAAUAGUAUUUCCUGUCAACUGCUUCCAAAUACCUAACACAUCAACAUAACACACGUGAUAUCGAAUCAUUUACACUAGUGGCCAUACUGAGACGUGAUCGGUAGAAUUCGAUCAACACGAUAGGACUGAACAGAUGUAGCGCUGACCACUAUUGAGUGGUCAGUCGAUUGUAUGUUUGAAAAUCUAACGUAAUUGCUAAUCACAAUAAGUAGUAACUAGGAUUUUCGAUAUCAAGUAAACAAGUGACACAAAAGAUUUGUAUUAUGUAUUACCAGCUAAUUAUCUUUGUUUUUGUAAUGAUUAGUAUGAACUGCUUUUUCGUACACUGGUAAUGCAGUAUUUUUCCAGUAGGUAAAUCCUCUAAUCAGGUUUUUGUUUCUUUCAGCCAAACAUUCGCGAAAAUAAAUUAACUUUUCUGACCCAACAGAUAAAAAACGGCUAGGUUCAUAAGUAUAUUGGAUUGUAGAAUUACGGGGUGAUUUCAACAAGUCGCACAUUUGUUCAGCUAAUUGUUCGCCAGUUUCGAAAAAUAAACCAUAUUUAUUAUCCUCCAUCAAUUCACUUAGUGUUGUAUAACCUAGCGCCAGGACAGGGACGUUCACACCAAGUAAGUCAACUACCUAAACAUAUACAAUAAAAAAACCCGUACGACAUGCGUUAAAGGAUGUUAGGUUAAAAUAAUUCGUGGUUAGUAAUAAGUGAAAAUCUACAUGGGUAUAUAUAUAUAUAUAUAUGGUCAUUCUAGGUUUUUGGAACUAGAAUUAACAUAAGAUGACUUUACCUCUAGGUUGUACUUCUGUUCUUUAUACUCACGUAAAAACUUGUGUGAACACACGACUGGGCUAGUUUAUGGUAUAGCUAUCUGGUAAGCAUUCUUUAGGAAACUAAGAGCCUUUUAAAAUUCAAAAUAACAAAAUGACGGUAUUGUCCCGAAAUGCAACCAUACAGAGCUUUGUCUGUAAAUACAGAAAUAGGUUUACUUAACUGUUUCUCAGUUUAAAAAUUAUUUUGGCAAUAACCCCACUUCGUGGUUACAUAUUACGUAAGGUAACAUUUUUAGACUACACAUACUACUUCUUUGUAAUAUAUCUGAAAAUACCUCAAACUCACUUUCAUGGGUAAAUCCAGUCCCGAGGAACUUCGAUGUAUGCUAAGUCCUAAGUCAGCACAUCCAAGAAAAACUGGAUAAUCUGACCACUCAAGCCACAACAUAAUGACUUCCACAUAUUUCCACUUUUGUUCUUUUAUUAAUUUUGCAUAGUAGCUUUGUAAUGGACCACGACCUAAAGCAAGGGAAGUAAAAUAACAUGACUAUAGUUGUGUCACAUUCAGAUAGAAACUCUAAAUCACCUGUGGUACUUUGGACUGAGUGACUUAAAUAAAGCAAUGUAUUUGUAAUAUCCCAAUGAUUAGAAAAAAACAAAUCUUCUGACGUUUCGCGACUCAGUGUAAGCCACUUCUUCAGAGGAUAAAUAACCAAAUCAAAAUUAUUCCAAGUUUAAAUAGUACAAAGGAACAACGCAAGAGGGGGAAAUUUAGUGCCGCAUAUAAUUAAUUUGUUGAAUGCACACAGGUCCACAAAGCUCUUCCACUUUCGUUUCUCUCUUCCAGUCCAUGUCGUCCAAUGAUAUCUUCAUAUCCGGUGUUGUCCGUUCUCACUUUGGCGUUUAGAUCUCUCAUUAGGAUGGCGAGGUCCUUUCUUGGGCACUUUGCUAUGAUUGAUUGCAGCCCCUAGUAGACCUGAUAUUUGUUGUCGUCGUUGUUAUCAUUGGUGGGUGGAUAACGUUUGGAUAACAUCCAUUGUGAUCCCCUCUUUCUUUGUUUUGAAUGAUGCUUUGGUGAUUCUGGAUCCGUGAGAUUCUCAUCCUACAAGUGCAUUUCGUGCUACUUCGGAUAGUAUUAGAGAAACUCCGUGUGUGUGGAGCAUUUUCCUCUUCUUGACCGGAGUACAGAAGCAUAUCUCCCGUAUCGAGCUUUUGCUGUCCAGCUUGGGUCCAAUAGGUUUCUUUGAUUUCGAGUACUUCCAAUCUAUAUCUCAUCAUUUCCUCUCGGUCUCCAACACUAUCCGAACGUUUUAUGUACCUAUGAAAAUUGUUGCUCUGGUUGUUAGUUAUUAUUAUUAUUUAUUUGAACACAUAAAUAUUGGUACAAGAGAGCGCCAAUAUAUAUGCGCCACACAAAACAAUGAAAAUUCGGAGAUAGAAAAAAAAACUAAGGAGCAC